AUGAGUUAUGAGAGUCAGCGCGGUUUCCUGCUUCAACAGUGCUUGAACAGAAUCUGGCAAUCCACCCCUCCGACCCCAACUGGCUCCUCAGGGCCAGAACUCUUGCAACCUCCUCACUCCAGCAUUGGCACCGGGCCUCUCCCUGCUGCUGCCAUGACCACCUUGUCUCCCUCACAAGUGGGCCAGAACUACCACCAGGACUCAGAGGCUGCCAUCAACCGCCAGAUCAACCUGGAACUGUAUGCCUCCUACGUCUAUCUGUCUAUGUCUUGCUACUUCGACUGGGAUGAUGUCGCUCUCAGCAACUUUGCCAAAUACUUUCUCCACCAAUCUCACGAGGAGAGGGAGCACGCUGAGAGACUGAUGAAGCUACAGAACCAACGAGGUGGCCGAAUCUUCCUGCAGGAUAUCAAGAAACCAGACCGGGAUGCCUGGGAGAACGGGCUGAAUGCGAUGGGGUGUGCACUGCACUUGGAGAAGAGUGUGAGUCAGUCACUCCUGGAACUGCACAAACUGGCUGCUGACAAAAAUGACUCCCACUUGUGUGACUUCAUUGAGACCCAUUACCUGAGUGAGCAGGCGAAAUCCAUCAAAGAACUGGGUGGCCACGUGACCAACCUCCGCAAGAUGGGAGCCCCUGAAGCUGGCCUGGCAGAAUAUCUCUUUGACAAGCUCAUCCUGGGACACAGUGAUAAGAACUAA